AUGUUUGAAUCUCUUGUUGCUAACCUUCUUAACAGGUUUUUGGGAUCGUUUAUUGAGAAUUUUGAUCCCAAACAGUUGAAUAUUGGAAUUUGGAGUGGAGAUGUGAAAUUGAAGAAUAUGCGGUUGAAGAAGGAGUCGCUCGACAAGUUAAAACUUCCCGUAGAUGUUAAAUUUGGGCACUUAGGCGAGUUGACGAUUCUGAUUCCAUGGUCGAAUUUAAAGUCCAAACCAGUGAAAAUCACAAUAGAGGAUGUAUAUGUGUUGGCAUCACCAAUAGUUGUUCAGGAGUUUGACCUAGAGGAGGAGGAAAGAAGAGAAUUGCAAAUGAAAAAAGAAAAGCUUGAAGGGUUGAAGGCUAUCGAGAGUGCAGCAGCACAGAAUCGGGAUGUAGCAUCGGACUUGAGUAAUAACGAGUCAUUUACUGAGAGUUUGGUGACCAAGAUAGUUGAUAAUUUACAAGUCACAAUCAAGAAUAUUCAUGUUAGAUAUGAAGACGAUUCGGUUUUGACAGAAAAUCCAUACUCUGUUGGAUUUAGGUUGACAGAAUUAUCUGCUGUUUCAUGUAACGAAUCGUGGGUCGCAAGUUUCAUUUCAAUUACUCAAGCGUUCACUCACAAGUUAUUAACAUUAAAGAAUUUAAGUUGUUACAUGAAUACGGAUUCUGCUACCAUAUUUACAGAAGAUUCUGAGAAGCUUUUGAAAAUUUUCAAGGAAUCAGUUUCGAGUGAAGCAUUUAUAAAUGACAUACAGUACUUACUUAAACCUAUUUCUGGUGAAGGGAGGUUAACUGUACAUAAAAGAGGAGCAACAGAAACAUCUCCUCAUAUUAAGGCCGAGCUAUUUUUCGAUGAAUUUGGAAUUGAUUUAGAUUCACAACAAUAUAGGGAUAUUUUAUGGACAGCAUCUAAAUUCCAUUGGUACAUUAAAACUCAGAAAUUCAGAAAAUUUAGACCAAAAGUUGAAGUAGAAGAAGACCCUAAGGAAUGGUUUAGAUAUGCAGCUAAAUCUAUAUUGAAUGAAAUUCAUGAAAAGAACUAUAAAUGGAGUUGGGAAUAUUUUGCAACUAGAAGGGAUCAAAGAAAGGCGUAUAUAAAGCUUUGGAAAAUGAAGCAAUUGAGUAAGUCAUUGACUUCGGAAGAAGAAAAAGAAUUCGAGGACUUAGAGAUAAAGCUUCCAUUUGAAGAUAUCAAGUUCUAUAGGUCAUUAGCUAAGACCGAAAUCCGCAAGGAAAAUAAAAAGGUUCUCACAUCUAGUUCUUCGGCUUCUCAAACUAAAGAUCAACAAAGUGGUGGUUGGCUUUCAUCUUGGUGGGGUGGCUCUAAGCCAGUUGAAAAUAGUACCGUAGAGCCAGAUUCAAAUAAUGACUUACUGUUAAGUGAAGAUCAACGAAAAGCGCUAUAUGAAGCGAUCGAAUAUGACGAAAAUCAAGCAUUAGUAGAUUCAAUUGAUAUGCCUAGAGAUAGAGUAAAAGUUGAACUCUUGACAUCGUUGAAGAAAGGUGGUAUCUCCAUAAGACAGAAAAAGCACGAACCGAAUUUAGCAGAAGUUAUAUUCGAAGGAUUUACGACUCAAAUAUAUCAAAGACCGGAUUCUUUUUUGAUUAAUUUGCAGUUGCAAGAAUUUAGAGUUGAAGAUGGUACGAAGACUACGUUAUAUAAACAUAUUGUUAGCGUGAAACAGGAACAUUCUCAUUUGCAUAAUGAUGAUUCAGAAUCAGAUGUGUCAUCAUUGGGAUUAAAUACUAACGACCCAUUUUUCAAGGUUUCUUUUGAAAAUAAUCCAUUGGAUGAAAGUGCCGAUUCCAUGUUAUUAGGUAAAUUAAAAUCUAUGACAAUUUUUUAUAACCCGCAUUUCAUAGAGGAGAUUAUUAAAUUCUUUACUCCUCCAAAAGUUCACCUUGAUACUAUUGGAGCUGUUAUGAAUGCUGCAGAAGCAACUAUGGAGGGAUUGACAUCACAAACACGGAUAGGGCUUCAGUAUGCGUUGGAAGAACACAAGACUCUUAAUGUGAAGUUGGAUUUACAAGCUCCUCUAAUUAUAUUACCAUUAGAUCCUACGAGUUGGAAAUCGCCUGUGGCAAUCUUGGAUGCUGGUCAUAUUAGUGUUGUAAGCAAUUUAGUUGAAAAAUCUAAGAUCGAAGAAAUAAAAGCCAAAGAAAGAUAUACUUCUGAUGAUUGGGACCAAUUGAAGAACUUGAUGUAUGACCAGUUUAAUCUUCAUUUACAAGAUGCACAAUUCUUGGUUGGCCCUAACAUUAAAUCGACUAUGGAGCAGUUACAUACCGACGACAAACAUAAAUCAGCUUUGAUUUUAGAUAAAUUGAAUCUUAAAUUAUUAUUGGGAAUAUCAAUUCUACCAGAUGCAUAUAAUUUAGCGAAAAUUAAAGUCGGAGGAGAGGUCACUAAAUUUGAUGUUGCAAUCAAUGAUUUUCAGUAUAAAACAAUAAUGAAGAUUAUUGAUAAAGCUAUACCAAAUCUUGAUACGACUGAUUUUGAUGAUUCAAGUAUAUUUGAUGCGUAUGGUAAUCACAAGGAAAGAGAGAUUAGAGAAAUAGAUGAUACAGAAACAUCUUCAAUUAUAUCGACUAAACCUACAAAAGAUCUGAAGACGGAUCCUAUUCAAGAGAAACUAUUCGAAUUUGAUUUUAAGGUCGAUGUUGUUAACGUAUCGCUCUCUAGAUGCAUUAAUGGCAUUAGUUUAGAGACUGAACCGCUUGUCGAUUUAGUAGGUGAUUCUCUAAAAUUAUUUUUCUCCAAAACUUCGAAUGACAUGCACCUUGACUUGGCUCUUACUGAUAUCAACUUGAUUGAUCAUAUCGAAAAGUCAGGAGUUCCAGAAUUUGAAGCAUUGGUCUCAUCAAAUAAGUUUUCUGAAAUUGAUAAUCAAAGUAAAGAAAAGAAUAAGGACUUAUUCAAGUUAGAUUAUCUGAGAACUCAAAGAGUUGUUGAACACAACGGAAAGGAAAUAGAGGUAUUUGAUCAGGACAUUGUUGUUGACAUUGCUACUGUUAAGUUUGUUGUUUCUCGUAAAUCGAUUUUGAGCCUUCUUAAUUUUAUUUUGAAUACAUUUACAGAUCCAAAUGAGCCACCUAACGAAGCAGAUGAGAUAAAACAUAACAAUUCUGAUGAUGCCGAUACAUCUCCACAAAAAAUUAAUGUUGUUGUUAAUUUAGAGAGUAUUAUUAUGGUUUUGAAUGAAGACGGACUAAAAUUAGCAACAUUGCAAUUAAGUACUGCUAGUAUUAACGUUUUCUUAUUGCCUGAGGAGUUGGAAGUCCAAGGUAGACUUGGAGCUUUAAGUUUACACGAUGAAGUUAAUCAAGGUUCUCCGAGAGAUUCAAUAUUGCGUCGUUUGAUAAGUAUCGAAGGGAACAACUUAGCCGAAUUUACUUACAAAACCUUUGAUAACGAAACAAAUUGUAAUCCAUAUAAUACUUUAAUUGAAUUCAAAACAGGUUCCGCUAGAGUUAAUUUUGUUGAGGAAGCAUUUGGUAAAAUAUUUAAUUACUUGAGUCAAUUUCAAAGGAUGAAAGCUAUUUAUGACCAGGCUCGAGAGGCAGCGAUUAAUCAAGCAAGUCAAAUCGAAGGAGCAAAUAAAAUAAGGUUCAAUUUCUUGGUUCAGGCUCCUAUAAUUGUUUUUCCAAAACUAGUCGAUAGCCCUAGAAAUAAGUACGAUAAUAUGACUGCUCAUCUAGGUGAAUUAUAUGCUUCUAACGAAUUUGUUAAAGCUGAAAAUGAUUCGACAAUUCAGAAUGUUAUCACGGCUGGUAUUCGUAAAAUUAGUCUUAAAUCACAGUUUCAUUUCGAUGAAGGAGUUGAGCAACAAUCAGAACUUGUAAAUGAUCUUGAUAUUAGUUUCAAAGUAGACUAUUCCGAAGAGUAUGUAGAAUCAAAGCCUACAUUUGUCGUUACAGGAAAAAUGCCAGAAGUUGAUUUGCAUUUAACUGAAUUGCAGUUGCAAUAUUUGAUGGAGCUUUCUGAAUCAGUUAGUAGGGUACUUAACGUUUCGGAUAUCGAUGAACUGCUUGAUGAUAUAGAAGCAGAUGCUGCAAAUGCCAACGCCGUUGUCAAGUAUGACAAUCAGGCUAACAAUUCAGAGAAUAUUACUCGAGAAGCAUCUAUAGUUAGAGAUGAGAAACAGGCGCCUCCAAGUAAACAUAAGAAGGUUAUUGCCAGUUUUGAUAUACCUAGGUUAUCUUUAACUUUAUAUAACAGAACAUUUGGGAUUUCGAAUUAUGAGUCAACUAAGAUCUCUUCUCUUUCUUUAAAUGGUCUGUCCUUCGCUUUGGAUAUGAGUGAGGAUUCUCACUUCGUAUCUGAUAUGAACGUGAAAUCAUUUGUUGUUAGGGAUGUUAGAGAGGGAACGAGUAAUAAGUUUCCGGAAAUUAUUCCUCUGGUAAGCCAUGAUACUAACCAAUUUGUUUUGAAGGCCUCAACAGAUGGAAAGUCCGAUAGUAAACAUAUCACAGUCAUGUUGACUGUAGAUAACCCUAAAACAAUUCUAGCCCUUGAUUAUAUUUUUGAAUUACAAUCUUUUAUAAAUAAUGGUAUGGUAAGAGGACAACAGAUAAGGCAAGAAGAUGAAGAAGAGGAUGAAGAAGAGGAUGAAGAAGAAGGUGAAGACGAAGAAAUCACUGAUAGUCAAAGUGAAGAAGCAACUGACGCAAAAAUGUUAAAACCAAAGAGGGAAGAAUCUGAAGCACGUACAUCUCAAUCAAUUGGCUUUUCUAUAAAUAUAACAGAACCAUCUGUGAUAUUACUAGCCGAUUCAACAAAGGAAAAUACAGAAGCAAUUGUUUUUAAAGUCGAACAAAUCUUAAUUACCAGUCAAAAUGUAAUGUCCCUUGCUGCAAAUAAUAUUGGAAUGUUCUUGUGUACCAUGGAUUCAUUUGAUGACAAGAGAUUAAGAAUUAUUGAUGACUUUUCUAUUUCAUUUGCUCAUGAUUCUAGAGGUUCAACUAAAACUAGCUUUCUUACUAAUAUAGAUGCAUCUAUUGAGCCUAUGCUUAUGAGAUUGUCUUUGAGAGAUAUAAGACUUGCAUUGAACAUCUUCAACAGGGCAACAGAACUAUAUAAUGAAGCUCAUGGGAAUGUAGACACAAACAAUGAAGAUGAUGAAUACAACUUUUCUGAAGAGUUUAAAAAGAGGUUAUCCCAAUACGCACCUUCAAUAUUAUCAAAUAUGACUAAGAAAAGCGGACCAAUAAAUAAGGAUAAAGGAAAUUCUCAAGUGAUUGUCAAAGGUGAAGAACUUAACGCUUCUAUUGGAGGUUUGAGAUUUGUAUUGAUCGGUGAUAUUCAUGAAUUGCCGGUACUUGAUAUGAAUAUAAAGCCGUUUGAUCUCAAAGCUAUCAAUUGGUCUACAGACCUUAGUGCCGAAACACAUAUUGAAUCUUUCGUUAAUAUUUAUAAUUAUUCUAGAUCGACAUGGGAACCAUUGAUUGAACCAUGGCCUAUUUCCAUUUACGCUUCUAAGAAAAUAUCACCUACUCCAAGUAUAAUGAUUGAUGUCGUUUCUAGACAGCUAGCAGAAGCUAACAUAUCAUCCCGUUCUAUUGCUUUAUUAUCGCAAGUCUUUUCGUUAAUAACAACCGAGGAAGAAUUAAAGUCAAGAGGGGAAGAUGAUCCAUAUCGUAUUGUUAACGAAACAGGUUAUGAUAUAGAAGUUUGGAAUAAUCAGAAGGAUGGAACUCUCAAAGAUAAGAAAUUGGUUAAGUUAAAUGAGAAGAUUCCAUGGUCAUUUGAAGAUUGGCGUGAUAUUCGUGAGAAUCUUGAUUCUGACAGUAAGCUGGGUGUACUUGGAAUUAGUCUUUUAGAAUCACCAUAUGAUGAUGUUUCUGGAAUAUCUGCUAUUGGAGAAGGAGAAUUUCUUUUCGUUUUAAACCCAGCAAUUGAAGGAGUACAUAAUAGAUUGUCAUGCGAAAUUACGUUGGGCGAAGAUAACGUGAAAACAAUUUGUUUAAGAUCUACAGUAAAGAUUCAAAAUGAUGCGGAUAUUCCAAUAGCAAUAAAAGUAUCUGAUAAGCCAGAUAAUAGCGCAGAAAUAAUCGUCAAAUCAAAAAUGACGGGAUCUUUGCCUAUUGGCUCUGUAUAUGCGGGCUCAUUUAGAAUAAAACCGCACAUUGAUACAGAAUAUAACUGGUCAGAAGAGGAGCUACACUGGAGAGAUCAAUUGAAUGGAAGUACUCCAUUAUGCUGUCCUGCUUCAAACGAGAAUGAUAAAUCUGCUUAUUACUUCCACACAGAAGCUCAGUCUGACCGUGACGAACCUCUCGCUAAGAUUUAUCCACAUAUGAAAUAUAUUAUAUCAGCACCAGUAGAGAUAGAGAAUUUGCUUCCAUUUGAUUUUGAUUAUAGAUUAUACGACAAGAAUGCCAAGAAGGAUUGGAAUGGAAGUAUCCCUAAAGGUGUUAAAAGCUAUGUACACGUCGUUAGUUUGGAAAGUCUCUUAUUACUUAGUGUGCAACCAAAGUGGUGUGGUUUUGAAAAAUCAGAAUUUGCAAUCAUUAAUGCAAUUUCCAAAGGCGAAUUCAAGCGUGAAUCAACGAUGACUUUAAGACAUAAAAAUGGUCAAUUAUUGAAACUCAGAAUAUACUACCCAAGAAAAAAAUCAGCAAGUACUAGUUUGAAGGUAGUUGUUUAUUCGCCAUAUGUUAUUCUUAACAGAACGAAUCAGAAUAUCAUUAUCAGUGAAAAAGGUAAUAUGAUGCAAUCCAAUAGCAAAUCUUUUAAACCUACGGUUCCUAGUAUGUUCUCAUUUGAUAAACAUGGAGAUACAAGUAAUAGAGCAUUGCUUAAGAUUAAUGACUCAAGCUGGACUUCGCCUUUGAGUUUUGAUGCGAUUGGACAGACUAGUGCUGCAAAAGUACAAGUAAAUGGGAAACAAAUUGAAAUGAAUGUUGGUAUAUCGAUUACAGAGGGCCAGGGAAAGUAUAAUUUAUCUAAGGUAAUUACUAUUGCACCAAGGUAUAUUUUCCGUAAUUGUCUAGAAGAAUCUCUAGAGAUUGUGGAAAAUGGAUCUACUAAACAAAUUGUUGUUGCUCCAAAUGAACUAAUUCCUUUGUAUGGCUUGCGUCGUAUUGACCAAAAAAGUUUGCUGAUGAAGUUUUCUCAUGUAUCUAAAACUUGGUCAGCACCAUUCGCUCUUGAUGAUGUGGGUCAACUUUUCAUAAAGGUGUAUAAAGAAAACGUUGGUCAAGUGUUACUUAAAGUUAACAUUCUAUUGGAAGACGCUACAAUAUUCAUUCAAGUAGAAAAUGCCAACAACAAUUGGCCAUAUUCAAUCCGUAAUUUUAGUGAUUCCGAAUUCUACAUUUGUCAGAAUGAUCCAAAUAUCAAUGAAAAUGGGGAUGUAGUGAAGCAUGAUACACAGUACAAACCAAUAUUCUAUAAGAUUCCACCGAAAAGUGUGAUGCCUUAUGCCUAUGAUUAUCCGAAUGCAAUCAUUAAAGAGUUGGUAAUUAGAUCGCAUGGUAGAGAAAGAGCUGUUAAUUUAGCGGAGAUAGGAAAUUUAAAGCCAUUUAGGCUACCACCAACUCAAGAUCAUGAACAGACUAUUGUUGAUUUGAACGUUGUAGCAGAUGGUCCUACUCAAUCCUUAAUCAUUUCGAACUAUGACCCAUCGGUAAGUUUAUACAAAUUGAAAAAUCAAUCUCAGUCUAGUGCAAGCAUUUCUCAACAAAAUUUUGAAACUACAGAAAAUGACGAGAAUUAUCAUACUCGUAUAAUAACUAGAUUUGAAGGGUUAGGCAUUUCUUUGAUUAAUACUAGGGCACAGGAAUUAUGUUACAUUUCAUUAAGAGGAGUUGAAUUGCGUUACAAUGAAUCAGAUUUAUAUCAGAAUUUCAGUAUGAAAUUGAAAUGGAUACAAAUUGAUAAUCAAUUAUAUGGCGGCUUUUUCCCGAUUAUUUUAUAUCCAAGCGUUGUGCCAAAAUCUGGGAAGGAAAUGAACAACCAUCCAUCAUUUUCUGCUUCUAUAUGUAAGGUUAAAGAUGAUUCACAUGGUGUAUUAUUUAUUAAAUAUGCAACCGUACUCUUACAAGAGAUGUCCGUUGAAAUUGAUGAAGAUUUCCUUUUUGCAUUGCUUGAUUUUGCUCGUUUCCCAGGAGCUAGUUGGAAUAAGGAACAACAGGAUAAAUUGUGUGAUGACAAUGUGGAAUUACCGGAGCCUGUGAGUUUAUCUAAUAGCAGUGACAUCUAUUUUGAAGCAUUGCAUUUACAACCAACCUUGACUCAUUUAUCUUUUGUUAGAACAGAAAGAGUGAAUGCAGAAGACAGAACAACGUCACUGAAUACAUUGAUGUUUUUCUUCAAUGUGCUUACAAUGGCAAUUGGAAAUAUAAAUGAUGCUCCAAUUAAAUUGAAUGCCUUAUUCAUUGAAAAUAUCAGAAUACCUAUGCCAAUUCUAGUAGAAGCAAUCCAGACUCAUUAUGGUCAGUCAUUCUUCUAUCAAGUUCAUAAGAUAUUGGGAUCGGCAGACUUCUUAGGAAAUCCAGUUGGUUUAUUUAAUAACUUAUCAUCUGGUGUUCUUGAUAUAUUUUAUGAGCCAUAUCAAGGAUUUAUCAUUAACGAUCGUCCACAGGAACUAGGAAUAGACAUUGCUAAAGGGGGCUUGAGUUUCUUGAAGAAAUCUAUUUUUGGUUUUUCAGAUUCUUUUGCAAAAGUAACUGGGUCACUAGCGAAAGGAUUAUCAGUGGCAACUCUAGAUAAAAAUUUCCAAGAACGUCGUCGUCUUAGUCAACGAAGGAAUAAACCUAAACAUGCGUUAUAUGGGUUUGCGACAGGCGCUAAUUCAUUUUUUGAUUCCAUUUCUUCUGGUGUGACUGGAAUUGCAACAGCACCAAUUGAAGGCGCUAACAAAAACGGAGCGUCUGGAUUUUUUAGAGGAUUAGGAAAGGGUGUUGUUGGAUUACCGACUAAAACAGCCAUUGGAUUUUUUGACUUAGCCUCCAAUGUGAGUGAGGGUAUCCGUAAUACAACAACUGUAUUCGAUGCUGAGGGAUUGGAUAAAGUUAGGUUGCCUCGUUAUAUUUCCCACGAUCAGGUUAUCAGACCUUACGAUCAAAGAGAAGCACAAGGACAAUUCUGGCUUAUGUCUAUUGAUGGUGGAACCCUAUAUAAUGAGAAGUACUUGGCACAUUUACUUCUUCCAGGCGAGGAAAAUGCAAUAAUCGUAACGUUCAAAAAGAUAAUCUUGUUCCAAGUUAAUGCGUUAAAGUCUAAGUGGAUUAUCCCUUUGGAGCAAGUGAAAUCAAUUUCAAACGAGUCUACGGGCAUUAGUAUUACAUUGAAGAAAAAGGAAGGUCCAUUUAUCCCAAUACCCGAAAGAGCCAAUAGGUCAUUCUUAUAUAAUAGGAUUGGUGUUGCUGUUGGAGAAUUCAACAAGCAUUGCCAAGUAUUCCUAUGA